AUGGGCCCGAAAAAGGCGUCCAAAUGGGUGGAGAGACACCAACUCGACCAUCAGUACCACCACGCCAUUAUCAACAUCACUUCAGAGGACCUUAACGACGAUACAAUCGAGGAAUUGACUCGGAAGAAGGAAGAGAUUGAGGAGGAAGCUGCGGAGAACCUUAGAACCUUCCUACACGACUCCGCACGCAUUGAAAAUGUCCUCUCACCGGGGGUUCUACAGCUGUUGGACGAAGCAUUGGGCGUGGUGGAUGCGGCUCGUGACAAGAUGAUCGCUGCAAUUCAGCAAAAGGCGCGGAACCGUAAGAAUCGACUUCGAAGGUCCAAGGCACGCAACUCUCGGAGGAUCAGGGUGAGGGACCUGCGCAUUGAGAAGUUAAAGAAGCACUGUGCCGAUGCCCAGCAGGUUGUUGAAAGGGCCCGUGAAGAUCAUCAAGCUGAGCUCGAAAGGAUGAAGGAAGACAAAACCAAAGAAUUGGAACAGGCUGAGCGCCGCUGUCAAUACAAGAUUACUGAGUUGCACAAGAGCCAACAGGAAGACCUCAUGAGGGCCAACGAAGAGUCAAAAAAGAUACAAGAGAAGUUGAACGCCACAGAGGAUAAGUAUCAUGCAGCUGAGAAACAGGCACGAGAAGCUUUAGACGCCAGUAUUCGGUCUGGUCGGGCUCUUGCGGAUCUACAGGCUAGCAUGAGCACUUCGACUUCCAAUCAACAACAGCGCUCUGCCGCACAGGCAUUGGAGGCAUAUCAAGAAGUCGAAAAGGCGAAGGAUGAGAUGCGGAAGUCGUGUGAAAAGGAGAAGGAAGCGCUGAGGAAGGAGAGAGAAGAACUUCGGGAAACAAUGGAGCAAACUAAACAGGCCGCGGUAGCUGCAGAAAAGGCCGCCACCCAAACGCUCCUCCAAGGCCAGAAAGAUGCGUCUGAGAUCAUCCAUGAAGCGGCAUUGAGGUCGCUGAAGGCCGAUCAUGAACAGAUGGUCAAGAAUCUCAAAACCGAACAUGAGACUGAGCUCCGGAAGCUUCGUGAUGACUGUGACGCUCACGAGAAAUCUCUCAUGGAAGUCAAUGCAGAGGAGCUGAAAGCAAAGGAAAAACAACAUCAAGACGAGCUCUUCGAAUUCAUUGAGUAUCGUAAUCAGGAAGCCAAUCAAGAAUCAGAGAGUCACAAGGAGGAACUGAAGCGCCAGGAAGAACGGCUUAAAGAAUGUCAAAGGCAGAGCCAAGCCUUGGAGGAGGAUCUGGGUGCAAAAUUGGAAAAUCUCCAGAGCAAGAUGACUGAACAAGCUGUUGCGACUGAGCAAAAAGAGGAAGAAUGGCAACAGAGCAUGGAUAAGCAAGGUCAGACUCACAGAGAUGUCAUCGUCAGACUCCAGCAAGAGCUCGAGGAGAAGUACCAUGAGAGGCUCCGAAGUGAGGAGCUUAAGCAUCUCGAGGCUCUUCAAAAGGAGCGCAAGACUCAUGAGUCCAAUGAUGCGACGAUCUCCGCUCGUGAUGAGACAAUCAAGCAGCAAACCGAACUGAUACAACGCAUCAGCAAGGAAUCUGGCGAUCGCCUUGAGAGUUUGAACAAACAGAGGCAGCUUUUCCAGGAAGAAUCUCAAAAGCUUCAAAAGUGUGAAGAUCGCCACCUUGAAGACAAGAAGCUGGAGAGCCUCCAACUCGAUGAAAUACAGAAGCUGAAAGGUCGCGUCAAGGCACUUGAAGAUACCCUCGAGCAGAAGGAGACCUCGCUGCAAAGUGUAUGCACGCAGGUUGAAGAGGCAAAGGUCUUCAACCAAGAGUGGAAGGAUGGAUAUGAAGAACUGGAAAAGGAAUAUGCAGCUCUUGAAGAGAAGCUUCGGGCGAAGCAAGAGUUGCUGGAGAAGGCGCACCAGAAUGGGGAGGGUUUCAAAGCUCAGGCUGAGCGGUAUGCCAAACUACGCGCAGCUGACAAAGAAGCCGCUCAAAAACGUCAAGAAAUGGCAGAUUCCAACAUCAUCAAGCUUUCUGAGACUGUGAAGCAGCUCACUUCAGCUCUCAGGUCAUCACGAAGCGUCCACGAGGCUGUUCAGGCGGCUAGGACGGCUGAUCAUGAGCGAUACAAUUCCCGAAUCGACUCUUUGCAGGAAGCCUUAACUGCACAGAAUGCCGAACUGCGAGAGGCACAUGGCCUUUGCUCUAGAUCACAAUCGCUGAUCGAGGGUCUUUGUACCGCCUUGGAUUCCUACAAGACACAUGCAGACUCUUUGGCCCAACAGCUCGAUGAUCGGAUGAAAGAGGGAGAAGAGAACAUCGGAAAGCUCUUAGAUGCCCUCGCGACGGCUCAUAAGACUAUUGAUGGCUUGAGGAGUCGCAUCCAGCAAAGCAGUGCUACUAUGGAGAGCCUUGCGGAGGUUCUUGAUGAUUUCGAGGAUCUCCUGCCGCAAGUUUCCCGCUACAGAGACACCUUGCUUGAUGCUCUCGCGAGGUCUCAGGAAAAGUGCAAAAGGCGAAGCGAAUUGUUGGCUUUCCGCGAAUGGCGCCUGCACACCUACGCUACUGAGCUUAACAGAGUGGCAAAUCUACCUCAAGAAGGCAUGAAGUUCGUCCAGGAGCUUUUGGAUGACAUCGAGAAAUACAAAAAGGCUCGUCAUUCGAUCUGGGAGACUAUGCUGCCUCGGGAGAUUGGAAAUCAAGCCUCCGCGGCUGGAGCAGCUGGAAGCGCUGGAGUUACUGGGGGUGCUGGAAGCACCGAAGGAUCUGGAGGAUCUGGAGGAGCUGUUGGACGAGGUGGUGGAAGUGCUGGCCGUGGUGGAAGUACUAGCCGUGGUAGAGGUACCAGCCAUGGUGGAGGUUCUGGUGGUGGAGGUUCUGGUGGUGCUGGGGGCGUUGGAGGAGUGUUCAGCGGAUAG